CCAACACCCAUGAGUGACGUCUACAUUGUUGUUCACAUUGCAACCACCUGCGAUGAGUCCACCACGUAUGUGACAAAGGACUCGUCUGAGUUGAUUGAGUUUGCCUGGUCAGUAGUCGAUGCCACAACACUUGAAAACUUGGACAAGGAGUCAGUUUUGGUGAGACCGGUCAAUACACCCAUCACGCCGUACUGCUCACAGCUCCACAGAAUCACAUGGGAACAUGUCAGAAAUGCUGGCUCGUUCAAAGAUGCUAUCGUCAAGUUCGACACAUACAUCCAAGACAACAUCAUCUCAAAAAAUAAGGAGUUUUCGCUUGUCACUUUCGACAUGUCCAAGUUGAGAGUACAGUUACCUCGUGAAGCAAGAGACAAGGCUGUAGUUUUGCCUCCAUAUUUGCAACAUCCUCGUGUGUUUGACUUACUGACAGAAUACGCCAAAUGGCAGAUCACACAUCCGGAAGCUCUUUCAUACACAGCUUCAUCUCUCUCUAAUGUCAUCACUGCUCUUGAAGUAGAAAUCGAUCUGGAUACUGAAGACGCCUUGAAAAACCCCUUGUCAACGUCCCCACCAGCUGCUCCAGUAUCGAGUGACACUAAGACCAUGGCUACUGUUAACUUAUUCACUAAGAUCUUGGUGCAGCUCAUCAGAAAGUCUAUCCCCAUUGAAGACCAUGCAUCUGUGCUUACAAAACCAUAUGAUUCUGCUAAAGAUGUCUCUGUGUUCUUGUCAGAAAGAUCAAAAAUCUUGUAUCUCUAUAAUUUGCCCAACGAUACCACCCAGUCAGAGUUGGAAUCGUGGUUCACCCAGUUCGGUGGAAGACCUAUUGCAUUCUGGACCUUGAAGAAUCUAGACACUGCUGAGGCUGGUAAAACCAACGCUGCUUCUAACUCUCCACAUAAGUCCAAGGGAAUUGCUGGUUUUGCUGUGUUUGCCACUCAUGAAGAAGCUUCUGAAUCCUUGUCUAUGAACGGUAGAGUUUUGAACGAUAGGGCUAUCGAAGUGCAACCCUCGUCUACUAGAGUCUUGGAUAAGGCUAGUGACUUGUUGACUCCCUUCCCGCCUUCGAAGAACAGAGCUAGACCUGGUGACUGGACUUGUCCUUCGUGUGGAUUUUCCAACUUCCAGAGAAGAACACACUGUUUCAGAUGCUCUUUCCCUGCUUCUAGUGCUGUGGCCAUCCAGGAUGGCGUCAACCACCACAAUAAUAACUCGAACCACAACCAGGGACAUCAUAACAACAACAACAACAACCAUUCUCGCUUGCAUUACAACAAUAGUGUUCCAUUCAGAGCUGGAGACUGGAAGUGUGAAGUAUGUAUAUACCACAACUUCGCUAAAAACUUGUGUUGUUUGAAGUGUGGAGCUUCCAAGCCAGCACUUGCUAUA